UCUCCUUUCCUUCCUUUUCCUCUUCCCUAGUGAUUCUCAACAAAAAUCACCUGCUCUUCGUCCAAACACGAAACACCCACGUAGUAGGAAAGAGGAAGACCUUUUUCUAAUUCUUGCAGGUUUGAUGAUUUCCUGCAAACUUCCUCUUUCUUUUAUGUACUACUAAUAAUCUUUCUUCUUCUUCUUCUUUCCUUUCCUGGUUUCCAUUAACAAAAAUCCCAAAGACAAAUCAAGAUUAAUCCCAUAGAGGGUUAUUCAUCCCAUGAGAACCUUGUGUCCAAACUUGGACAAGGCAGAUGGGUUGGAGACAGUUUUGGAGGUCCCCAUACCAGAAGAGAUGUUUAACAAUAUGGGUAGCAAUGCUGCCUUACAAUGGCGGAAUAUGCGCAAUCUUAUGAGGGCUCAAAGUGCAGACAGAUAUUCUUCUUCUUCUCAUCAUGCCGCUGUAUCAAGUAAUGAUCAAUUCGUGUUCUUGUUUAAAAUCGUUGGCUCUGCUCUUGUCCCUUUUCAAGUUCAAUUGGACCAUAUUGCUGAUAACAUGCCUGUUAGGAAUGGUUCAAUGGAGACUUCUACUGCUAAAUACAUAGUACAACAAUAUUUGGCAGCAUGUGGAGGGCAGGCGGCGUUAAAUUCGCUGAAUAGCAUGUGUGCAGUAGGGCAGGUGAAGAUGGCUACAUGGGACAUGCAUCAAAGUGAUGGUAACGCCAACUCGAAACGCCAUUGUGAGGUUGGAGCCUUUGUGCUUUGGCAGAAGAACCCUGACCUGUGGGUUUUAGAAUUGGUUGUUUCAGGUUGCAAGAUAAGUGCAGGAAGUAAUGGGAAGGUUGCUUGGAGUCAAUCUUCCUCUACUUCUAGUGCUUCAAAAGGUCCUCCAAGACCCCUUAGAAGAUUUUUCCAGGGCUUGGACCCCAGAUCAACGGCCAAUUUGUUCUUGAAUGCGAUUUGCGUUGGAGAAAAGACUAUUAAGGAUGAAGAAUGUUUUAUUCUAAAACUAGAAUCAAGCAUAGACAUGCUCAAGGCACAAAGUACGGCAAAUACAGAAGUUGUCCAUCACACAAUAUUGGGAUACUUCAGCCAAAGGACAGGUCUUCUGAUUCAAUUUGAAGACACAAAAUUAGUAAGAUUGAAGUCACCAAAAGGGGAUAGCAAUGUCUUUUGGGAAACAAGUAUGGAAUCUAUGCUUGAAGAUUAUAGAUAUAUUGAAGGUAUCAACAUUGCUCACAGUGGGAAGACUGCAGCAACAAUUUACAGAUAUGGAAAGAACAUAGACUAUAGAGCAAAGAUCGAGGAGACUUGGAUGAUUGAAGAGAUUGAUUUCAAUAUAUCUGGUUUGCCAAUGGACUGCUUCUUGCCUCCUGCUGAAUUUGAAGAGCAAGGAAUGGGUUGCUGAUGUGAAAAUUUUCCUUGUAUAUAUAUAGGUUACAUCUUUUUCUUUUCUUGUCAAGAAGAUUUCAGGUGUAUAUUUAUUUUUAGUUUUUAACUCAUGCACUCACUUAAGAGUCUCCCUCUCUCUCAUCGCAUAAUUACUAGAUUGUUUAAUGA